AUGAAUAUGUUGAAAUAUUAUUGGCUUCUGGUGCUUACAUGUUGUUUGAUGUGCACAUUGGUAAAGUCACAGGAGAUGACUAAAGCGGAGAUGGCGACCUAUGACAAGUUCCUAGCGGAUCAGAAACGUCUAUGGGAUGAUCUGUUCAAAGGAUAUGAUCCAACUAUCAGUGCAAUCUACACAUUGCACAAGUCCCAAUGGAUCAAUCAAAACAAAACUAUCCAUCCUCCAAUAACCGAGUUAAAGUUGACAAUGGCUAUGCUGAAAUUAGUCGAUGUCGUUGAAGUGGAAGAGAAAAUCACAUUUCUCUUCGAUUACAUUGCAGAGUACACGGAUUACAGACUGAAAUGGAAUCCAUUAGAAUACGGAGGGAUCAGUCAUAUUUAUGUACCACAGAGAGCUAUUUGGUUGCCCGAGAUUACGAUUGCUGAUGCUCAUGAAGUCAAAUUCUUCGAGUCAGACGAUGCACCGAGGACCGCAUGGAUCAAUUACAACGGAACUGCAGGUUUCUAUACAUCUACCGUAUCAUCUGUCAUUUGUCAACUUGAUGUUUUCAAAUUUCCAAUGGACCAACACGAGUGUGGAGUUAGUGUGUUAUUUCACACCUAUUUUGCAGAUGAAUAUGAGAUAAAAGGGGUUAUGGAACCGCUAGCGAAGCCAUUGUCACAGCUGGGAAAUGGUGAAUGGAAAGUGACUUAUAUUGGUGUAGCUGAAGAAGAUAUCUCGGAUAGUGAAAACAUUGGAUCAACUCAAAAAUUUAUUGCAAGAUUCCAGAGGAAUCCAGGAUUCUAUGUGGCCUUGGUGAUGAUACCCGCGUUUUUCAUAAACUUUUUAUCAAUCAUUGCACUGUUCAUCAAUAUCGAAAAUGUUGGAGAGAAGCUUACUGUGGGUCUUACUAAUAUUAUGGCAAUGACCUUCAUUCUAGUCAUCCUUGCAGCAGAUCUCCCAAAAACUGCAAGAAUCCCACUUCUAGCGAUUUAUGUAAUCGUCGGAUUGAUAAUUGUUAUGGCUUCUAUUGCAGUUGUCUUAAUUCUACCAUUUGUUAGGAAGUAUCAGAAGAAGAAUAAGAAUAUUCAAGAAGAACAGAAAUUGGAUAAGAACUCUUGGCUUGGAAAGUUUUGGAAGUGGAUUCGGAUUGAGUAUCUAUUGAUGUUCAUCUUCCAAGUGGCUAAUUUCGUUAAUUUUAUCAUUCUUUUUAUGUAG